AUGCGCUCAUAUCAGCAGCCCAAGUGGCUGCUGGCGCUGCUGAUUGGAGUCAUUGCGCUUGCUGGUGUUGAGGCGGCAUCCUUUCGCUCCAGCAAGUUUACAGUAUUUGUCCUGGAAAAUGCUACAGUGGGAGCCUCGGUCGGUACCUACACGCUGGACAAUACCAAUGGUGACAUCUACACUUUUGCGUUUAGCUCCACCCCACCGUGCCCCUUGCAAGUGGCCACCACUACCCCUCAAGUGAGCCUGGCUCAGACCCUGGAUCGUGAGACCCUGGCUGAUUACGAGUGCGAGCUUGUUGCCACCUCGGGCUCAAAUACUGCAAGCACUCGCAUUUUCGUCAAGGUAUCUGAUGUAAACGACAAUGCCCCAGUCUUCAAUCAAUCUUCUUAUACAUGGCAAAUCAGCGAGAACACGGAUACUCCGACCUUCACGGCAAUAGCCGCAACUGACAUUGACCAGGUCAUCAUCACCAUCGACCCUGCCACAACCCAGGAAUCCUAUGAGGUUGCUAAUGGUGUGGUCAGGUACGCCCUGGUCAAUGGAACCGACGUUUUCGCCAUUGACGAAGAAACCGCCGAGAUCACCAUGUUACAACCCCUGGACCGCGAAGCGUUCCCUGUCUUCGUGCUGAUGGUGGAGGCGCAUGACCUCGGUAGCCCACGACAAUCAGUGACACGACCCUUGACCAUCACGGUGACGGACGUCAAUGACAAUGCACCAGAAUUCUCGGAGAGUGCCUAUUCGCUCAACGUCUCCGAGCUGGUCACGGCCAACACAGCCCUCCUCACCAUGGGCGCCUCCGACGCGGAUGCCGGCAACAACGCCGCCAUCACCUUUUCCAUCAGCAGCCUUGCCCGGGUCGGGGCCAACUCGGCAAUCCAGCCUUUGGCGUUGGCUUCCGAGUGGCCUUUUACGGUGGACCCCAGCUCUGGCAUGCUGAGCGUGUCUGAGAAUGCCAGCAUUGCCUCUGCGGCGGUGUUUGACUACGAUAGCGGGGUACAUGGUUACGUGCUACAAGUGACGGCCACAGACGCAGGCGCAUCUCCCCUCAGCUCAUCUGUGCCUGUGUAUGUGACCUUGGUGGAUGUUAACGACAACACACCUUCCUUUGCGCAGAGCACAUAUGAGCUCAGUGUGCCAGAGAACACGGAGGGCAACCUGCUCCAGCUCACAGCCACUGAUGCGGAUGCGGGUGAGCUGACAGCGCGGAUUGCGUACCGCCUGCUACACGUCUAUCGCGGGACAGAGGUUAAUGCGUCUGCAGAUGUGGUGGGAAGCGCAGCGUGUCCGUUUGCCGUUGUGGCCGAGUCGGGACUGUUGCGUACCAGCAACACGAGUAUCCUGGACCGCGAGGAUGAAGCAAACUAUAUUUUGGUCGUGGAGGCCAGCAAUGACGAGGUGUCACCCAUGCUUUCAAACACUACGACGGUGCUGUUGACCCUAGACGACGUCAACGACAACGCGCCAGAGUUGGAAACGCCACCCCCGGUCAGCUGGAACGUGCGAGAAGAUGCCACAGACAUUGAGCUAUUGAGCCAGAUGGUGGUUCUGGAUCAGGACAGUGGUGUCAAUGCACGCGUCGACAUUGGCUUUGUGGGCAACAGUAGCGACGAGACGCUGUUUCGCAUUGAUGAUGGCACAGAUCUGGUAUCUUUGGGCGCAAGCAACGCCACGCUCGUGGCGGUGGGACCCUUUGAUUACGAAGCAGCAACCGUACAUCGAGUCUGGCUCCACGUGGUUGAUCAAGGGUCCCCCGUGUUGGACCGGGUGUAUGCACUUGAGGUUUGGGUUUCUGAUGUGAACGACAACGCCCCGAGCUUUGACACCGGGAGCCAGGAGGUUGAAGUCACGCUGGGCGAGGAUGCUGUCAUCGGCACGCCCGUGGCAGUGCUUGCAGCGAGCGAUGUGGAUACUGUCUCGGCUAGUCAGCUACAGUUUGCUAUCGAGUUUGUUAUGGUGGCCGAUGCCAGUGCCUUGCAAGGCAAUGGGCUGGGCCCCGUUGAACUGAACGCAUCCAGUGCAUCUCAAUGGCCGUUUAUGAUCAAUGCCACCACCGGGGCAAUGGUGACCACGCAGCCGCUUGAUUACGAAGCAGCCACGUCGUACAAUGUGAGCAUUCUGGUGUAUGACAACUGCACGUCUCAGCUUGAUGCGUUGGCGGACGCUGGUGCACAUGAGGCAGCAUGUACGGCCGGAUUUUCUAGUCGGGCGUGGGUGCGAGUUGCUGUGACAGAUGUGAAUGAGCAUGCUCCCGAGUUUGUUGGGUCGGUACCAUCGCCGAGUCUGGCCGAGGAUGCUACGACGGGGACUGUGGUCACGACGGUGGCUGCCACGGACGGAGAUGGUUCGUUGGAGUAUGGUACGGUGGUGUAUAGUGUCGGUUUGGGUAUGUCCACGCUGUUUGCGGUAGAUGAAACAACGGGCGAGGUCACGCUGAUUGGCAUGCUUGAUGCGGAGACAUCUACGGUUGAGGCAUUGGAGGUGGUGGCGUGCGACACGGCCGUUGACGUGACAGAGCAGCGCUGCACCUCCCGCUACAUCAACGUCUCCGUUACCGAUGUCAACGACAAUCCUCCCUUGCUUGUUGGCAAUGCCACCCAGACCAUCUCGAUUUCUGAAGCGACCUUCGUGGGCACAUCUCUUCUCCACUUGAAUGUAACUGAUGCAGAUGUUACCUCCUCGUUUCGAGACGUUGCGUUUCACACCAACUCAAGCGUCAUUGAUCUCAAUGGCUCAACAAUCGUCCUUGCGCAAGUGCUCGAUCGCGAGGUGCUGGAUGAGGUUGUUGCAUUUGUAUCCGUGAGCAACGUAGCCGCUCUUUCAGCCUCCACACCGCCUUAUUUGGCUGUAUUUCGGCUUACUAUCCUCGUUCAAGACGUGAACGACAAUGCUCCUAUUUUUUAUGCACCCUCCAAUGUGUCCUUGCCAGAGAAUGCAAAGGUUGGAAGGCGCGUUGCCUUGCUGAACGCCACAGAUACUGAUCUGGAAUCAGAACUUAUAUUCACAAGUCAAAGCGGGACACCCUUUGUUGUUUCUUCCAACGGCACAGUCAGCUUGGAUAGCUCCCUCGACUUUGAAGCUCAACAAUCGUGGAGCCUGAACAUUACCGUCUCCGAUGGUGCUUUCUCCCAGUCACAAACACUGUUUGUUCUUGUGGAGGACAUCAAUGACAAUGCUCCCGAGCCAAGCUGGAGCACAGGCAACGUUUCUGUUUUCGAAAACAAUGCUUCGUUUCCACUGCCCUCGUGCAGCGCUACGGACGCGGACGCUGGUGUUAAUGGGCUUGUCAGCUACAGCGUGAACAGUAACCCCUACUUUAGUAUCAACACCGUGACAGGCGAACUGACCUUGUUACAACCCUUUGACUUUGAGACUGUCCAAAGCUUUGAGCUUAUUUGCAACGCUAGUGAUCAAGGCGAGCCUAUUUUGUGGCACGCGACCAGCAUCUUUUUCACCAUCGUUGACCAAAACGACAACAGCCCUGUGUGCAAUACUUCGAGCCCCUAUUCUGUUUCAGAGAAUGUGCCUGCUAACACAACAUUUGCAACAGUGCUUCCGUACGACUUGGACACGGUGCACUCGUCAACAUUUGAAUUUGAGCAAUGUAGCAUGAACACCUGGGUUGGCAUCACGGACGAUGGGCAAUUGUUUGCCAAGGAACAGGUCAAGAUGGUUCAAAAUGAGCGCACUGGUUUGAUGGAAGAAGUACGCUACUUCUUGGAUCGUGAAACCACUCCUGAGCUGAGCUUUUGCUUCUGGGUGCGCGAUGCCAGCAGUACACCCCUUUCCACGAUGUGCAACGUGACAAUCAACGUGCUCGAUGUCAAUGAUGAAACCCCUUCGUUUACCAAUGCCAGUUUCGCUUUCUCAAUCGUCGAAGAGCAGGUUAACGCAACAAUCGUUCUCCCACCAGCCACGGAUGCAGAUGCUGGGAACAACAGUGUCCUAACUUACUCAUUAUUGGGCGCUCUGGCACCUUCCUUCACGCUCGACAACGGCACGCUUGUUGCCACCACUCCCUUGGAUCGUGAAACACACGACAGCUUCGAGCUUGUGCUCAAGGCCUGUGACCAUGGCACCGUGCCUCGAUGUGGUAACACGACGUUACUAAUCACUGUGACGGACAUCAACGAUGACAUACCCACGUUUGCGUCGCAAGUGUAUGAUAUUGCACUGAAUGACAACAUGGUGGUCGGCACUCAGGUCGCGCACGUGAGCGCGACUGACGCAGAUGCGGGGUUGAAUGGUGAAUUUGAAUUUCGUGUGGCCGACAAUCCAUUUUUGGCAGUGAAUGCUAGCACCGGUGCAAUAGUGCUGGUUGCAUUGCCAGCCAACAACUCGGAAUUUCGGUUUGGCGUCUCCGUGCUUGAUCAUGGAACGCCGUCUCUGCACAGCAAUGCCACCUUGGUGGUUCGUCUGACGAGGUUCACGGAAUUGGAGAUUGUGCUGACGGUGUCAGAGGUGGCUGCCAAUCAAUCAGCCGUCCUGAAUGUGUCACACUUGUUGCUGACACCAGACGUGGUUUACGAUUUUCGCUUGAGCGGAUCGAGUGACUUUGUCCUCGACGACCGCUUGCUCUUGGUCAACGCCGAACUUGAUUUCCGAGCAAAAAGUUCCUACAACAUGACUCUUGCCAUCUGGGAGCUAGGGUCGCAGGUCGACUACCUCGCAGUCUACGUGGAUCUGAGCAACGUGAAUGAAGCACCGGUCUUUUCUGAUGGCAAUCGGGAGGUGUUUGUGGAAGAAGACACCAGUGCAGAUAUCCCUUUGACAAUCAUCCAUGUCACGGACCAGGAUCGUGGUGUCGAUGGCAAAGUUGACUUUUCACUUUCCGGAGCUGAUGUUGCCUACUUUUACCUCCAAGCGAUUAACGACACAAGCGCGUUCUUGUUUGCCAAUGCAUCAUUCGAUCGUGAGACGCGUGGCAGUUAUUCCCUUGAGGUUGAAGCGCGCGAUCAAGCACUCACACCCCUAGCUGAUCAUCAAACAAUCUCCGUGACCGUGACGGAUCUGAAUGACAAUGCACCCGUGUUCAAUCAAUCAGAAUACAGCGCCUCAGUGCCUGAGAACGUUGCCGGAAACGUGCUGGUCCAGAUCUCCGUGACGGAUGCCGACCAGGUUGUGACUGAGUUUGACGCUGAGACGCAGACGACAAACGUUCUCAUUGGCAAUGGACUUGUCACACUAAUGGUGGUACAGGGACCCUGCAAUGUGACUGCAAGCGGCGUUGUGGCUCUGAUCGAGAAACUUGACUAUGAAGUGGCGCCUGUGCAAACGUGUGUCAUUCGCGCCACUGACCAAGGCGUGCCAUCAAAGUCAUCUGAGGCGAAUGUGACCAUCACGGUGACGGACGUCAAUGACAAUGCACCAGAAUUCUCGGAGAGUGCCUAUUCGCUCAACGUCUCCGAGCUGGUCACGGCCAACACAGCCCUCCUCACCAUGGGCGCCUCCGACGCGGAUGCCGGCAACAACGCCGCCAUCACCUUUUCCAUCAGCAGCCUUGCCCGGGUCGGGGCCAACUCGGCAAUCCAGCCUUUGGCGUUGGCUUCCGAGUGGCCUUUUACGGUGGACCCCAGCUCUGGCAUGCUGAGCGUGUCUGAGAAUGCCAGCAUUGCCUCUGCGGCGGUGUUUGACUACGAUAGCGGGGUACAUGGUUACGUGCUACAAGUGACGGCCACAGACGCAGGCGCAUCUCCCCUCAGCUCAUCUGUGCCUGUGUAUGUGACCUUGGUGGAUGUUAACGACAACACACCUUCCUUUGCGCAGAGCACAUAUGAGCUCAGUGUGCCAGAGAACACGGAGGGCAACCUGCUCCAGCUCACAGCCACUGAUGCGGAUGCGGGUGAGCUGACAGCGCGGAUUGCGUACCGCCUGCUACACGUCUAUCGCGGGACAGAGGUUAAUGCGUCUGCAGAUGUGGUGGGAAGCGCAGCGUGUCCGUUUGCCGUUGUGGCCGAGUCGGGACUGUUGCGUACCAGCAACACGAGUAUCCUGGACCGCGAGGAUGAAGCAAACUAUAUUUUGGUCGUGGAGGCCAGCAAUGACGAGGUGUCACCCAUGCUUUCAAACACUACGACGGUGCUGUUGACCCUAGACGACGUCAACGACAACGCGCCAGAGUUGGAAACGCCACCCCCGGUCAGCUGGAACGUGCGAGAAGAUGCCACAGACAUUGAGCUAUUGAGCCAGAUGGUGGUUCUGGAUCAGGACAGUGGUGUCAAUGCACGCGUCGACAUUGGCUUUGUGGGCAACAGUAGCGACGAGACGCUGUUUCGCAUUGAUGAUGGCACAGAUCUGGUAUCUUUGGGCGCAAGCAACGCCACGCUCGUGGCGGUGGGACCCUUUGAUUACGAAGCAGCAACCGUACAUCGAGUCUGGCUCCACGUGGUUGAUCAAGGGUCCCCCGUGUUGGACCGGGUGUAUGCACUUGAGGUUUGGGUUUCUGAUGUGAACGACAACGCCCCGAGCUUUGACACCGGGAGCCAGGAGGUUGAAGUCACGCUGGGCGAGGAUGCUGUCAUCGGCACGCCCGUGGCAGUGCUUGCAGCGAGCGAUGUGGAUACUGUCUCGGCUAGUCAGCUACAGUUUGCUAUCGAGUUUGUUAUGGUGGCCGAUGCCAGUGCCUUGCAAGGCAAUGGGCUGGGCCCCGUUGAACUGAACGCAUCCAGUGCAUCUCAAUGGCCGUUUAUGAUCAAUGCCACCACCGGGGCAAUGGUGACCACGCAGCCGCUUGAUUACGAAGCAGCCACGUCGUACAAUGUGAGCAUUCUGGUGUAUGACAACUGCACGUCUCAGCUUGAUGCGUUGGCGGACGCUGGUGCACAUGAGGCAGCAUGUACGGCCGGAUUUUCUAGUCGGGCGUGGGUGCGAGUUGCUGUGACAGAUGUGAAUGAGCAUGCUCCCGAGUUUGUUGGGUCGGUACCAUCGCCGAGUCUGGCCGAGGAUGCUACGACGGGGACUGUGGUCACGACGGUGGCUGCCACGGACGGAGAUGGUUCGUUGGAGUAUGGUACGGUGGUGUAUAGUGUCGGUUUGGGUAUGUCCACGCUGUUUGCGGUAGAUGAAACAACGGGCGAGGUCACGCUGAUUGGCAUGCUUGAUGCGGAGACAUCUACGGUUGAGGCAUUGGAGGUGGUGGCGUGCGACACGGCCGUUGACGUGACAGAGCAGCGCUGCACCUCCCGCUACAUCAACGUCUCCGUUACCGAUGUCAACGACAAUCCUCCAGAGCUAUCUCUUUCCGCCUCGGCCUUUGUUGUCAACGAAAACCAGCUGGUUCCGAAACUCUUGUCUGCUGUCACCUUCAGUGAUGCGGACGUCGGCUUUGAUGCAUCAAACGUUUGGAUCAAUAUCAGUAGUGGCAGCGCUUGUCACAUCAACAAUUCUGGCCUGUGGCUUGUUGAAUCAUUGGACUAUGAAACUGCAACUGCAACUCACUGUACUCUGCAGUAUGGAAAUGUGGCGCAGCCAUUUUUUGUGCAAUUCAUGGACAUCUUGGUCAACGUCACCAAUUUGAACGACAAUGCCCCACAAUUUAUGCUCUCGCCCUCCUCCGUUGCGGUGGCCGAGAACGCAACGGUCAAUACGCUUCUCUCGGGAUUCAACUUUUCUGAUGCCGAUGGGGAUAUGGUGAGCGUGCAAGUCAUCAGCGGAUCUGACAUCUGCUCCGUGUCCACCCAGACGCAAGAAGGCACAAUUCGUCUUGCAGCACCACUCGAUCGCGAGACCCUUGACCAGCACAUUUGUGUCAUUGAGUUCACUGAUGGCGUUUAUGCUGGAACCGAGACCCUGCUGCUGAAUGUGACUGACAUCAAUGACAACCGCCCCCAAUUUGACAAUGAAACAUUGUUGUGGGCAGUGAAGGAGGAAACUUCCUCAGAGGUGUUGACCCUUCAAAUUUUUGAUGCUGACUUGAACUCUAAUGUUACAGUGUCUUGUGUGGCGGGUCCUGCGUGUUCAGCAGUUACAGUGGCAUCAGAGCCCUGGCAACUCACGCUCAAGGAAAGCUUGGACUUUGAAGCUCUCAAUGAAACGACACUGUUCGGGCUGCUUGUGGCAUCAGACGGCGUGUGGCAGACAAACGCAUCCCUUGAGAUCACGGUUCAGGAUGUGAAUGAUAAUGCGCCCUUGUUCGAGGCGUUGCAAUUUAACGUUACUAUCCCUGAGAAUCAGGCCGUGGGAUCGGCUCUGCUCGAGGUUCAAGUCACGGAUGCAGAUUCAUUUCCGUACAAUACCAGUACUCUCGAGGUGGUUUCCCAUGACGUACCUUUUGCUGUUGCACCAAAUGGCACGUUUUACCUAGCUCGUGCCGUCGAUUAUGAAGUGCAAGACUCGUACACUGUGUUAUUACGCGCGACAGAUGAUCUCAAUGCAACGUUGACCUCCGGUACAGAGAUUUACGUGGUGCUUACCGACAUCAAUGACAAUGCGCCGAGCGUUGCUCUGAGCUUGGAUGACCUCUACAUCUUUGAGAAUAUCAGUGUUGACACACGGGUGGGUCACAUCAGUAUCGUGGAUGCGGACUCUCAUGCCGUCAACCACAAUAAUCUUGCUCUGUCAGAUUCAUGCGGUGCCUUUGCUCUAAAUGGCACGGAAGUCAUCGUGCAAGCACCACUUGAUCACGAACAAUAUCAGUCCUGCAACAUCACGGCCACGGUUACAGAUGCGACUUUUGAGGCGGCAUUCAGCGCCUCUGAUGAAGCUCAGCUAUGGGUGAUCAACGUCAACGAUUUUGUGCCCGUCUUUGUGGACAACACAACCGUUAAUCUGACUGUCCCAGAGAAUCAAACCGUAAACAGCAGUCUUCUACUCGUCCCGGUAUAUGACGGUGAUGCCAGCCCCUACAAUGAGGUUGACAUCACAAUUCUCAACAACGCUGAUGGCAAGUUUGCCAUUCAAAACCAGACGCUGGUCUUGGUGCAACCGCUUGAUUACGAAAGCGGGGAUCGGGAAUAUCCACUGUUGCUGAAAGCUACUGACAUGCAAAGCCUCUUGUUUGCCCUCAAGGUGGUCAACGUCGUUGUCUUGGAUGUCAACGAUAAUCCCCCGAUCAUUACCGGACCAGAUGCGCUCUCUGUUGCUGAGAAUACCAUGGGUCAAGCCUUGGCAGAAUACCACAUUGCGAGCGGUGAUUCAGUCGAUAGCCUUGCUGUUUCUGUCGAAGCCGAUAUUCGAGGCCUAUUUUCAAUCUCGUUCAGUGGUUCUGGUUGGAGCUUGGCGCUGGAACAGAUCCUGGACUUUGAAAAUCAAACCUCCCACCCUGUCACCAUCCACACCUGUGACGGGUUGUUUUGCACUAAUCUUUCCAUUGUAAUUGCCGUCGAAGACGUCAACGACAAGUUUCCCAUGGUGACUUCCAACACAACGCUGAGCGUUUCUGAACAUGCCACAACAGGAUUGCUCGUGACACUAAGCUAUGCCGAUGAAGACGGUUCCUGGCCUAUGCAAAACUCAACAUUUAGCUUGCUUGACAUCGGCGUUCCAUUUGUGCUCCAGUCCGACGGCUCCUUGUGGCUGACAGGCGCGUUGGAUCGUGAGACUACAGCAUCCUAUGCAUUGACCGGGCGGGUUGCAAAUGUCGAUCACUCUGCAAUGUUUUAUACCGACUUCCCUCUCGUGAUCAACGUCGCGGAUGUGAACGACAAUGCCCCAGUUUGCGUGGGCGUCCCCACGUUUUUUUCGCUUUCGGAGGCUCUUCCUCAAAGGUCGCUCAUUGCACAGCUGAGCUGCAGCGACGCAGACGUUGGCGCCAAUGGGCAACUGACAUAUCGCUUUGAAGAAGCCAUUUCGCCUCUGGCAGUCUCUGCAACAGGCGCCCUAACCACUACGGCGUUUUUGGAUCACGAGAUAGCUCCGACGUUUGAGGUCAAGCUAUGGGUUGUUGAUGGUGGGACACCGGCCUUGUCAUACUCUGCGAAUAUUCGCAUCAACGUCACCAACGUGAACGACAAUCCGCCUGUUCUGGCUGCUAGCCUCUUUAAUGCCCGCAUUUUGGAGAACAACUUGCCUGGCCAAACUGUCCUCAACCUGUCCGCAACGGAUCGGGAUGGUGAUUCCCUGGUCUUCAACGUGCUCAAUUCAGAGUUGUUUCAAGUGACUGAAACAGGGACAAUUUCAGCUAUGGAGUCGCUGGAUCGAGAGCUGGAAGACUCGUACUCUCUUCAAGUGACCGUGUUUGAUGGACUCUACACGGCAGCAGCCACCGUCAUUGUUGUGGUUGAUGAUGAGAACGACAAUGCCCCACGCAUCUUGCACACUGAGGUGUUUAUCAGUCCUGCCGGUGCUUUGGCAGCGUUCAUGUACCCGAUGCACUACUCUGACGCUGACGCCAACGAUAACAUUUCGGUGUCGUUUUUGGAUGAGCUCGGGAUUUGGACCUUGUCAGACGAGGGCGUGUUGUUUUUGAGUUCCUGGGCGAGCCCAUUGCUCAUAGCCAAGGAUAACAUCACGCUUGUUGUUGAGGACGGGGUGCAUACAACGUCGGAGAAUCUGUCUGUACUCCUGUCGGCGCACGUCUGGGUUGUGCUUUGCCGGGGCAGUAACUUUUCUGCGCUGAACAGCACGUCGGUGCAGUAUGGCUUUGCCGCCUCAGACACUGCCUUUGACUUCAACUUUACAGUGCUGGCCAUACCUUGGCUUCAGGAUAGCAAUUUGACAGCGUUCCUCGCUCAGGAGCCCAUGGCCAGCAGCUUGGAUCCUGCUGCCGUGUUACAGGCGCGCCGACUAGAUAAUGUAACCGCUGCUCUAUGGCACGAUGCAAGCCUAUUGGGGCAACUUUUUACACCUCUACCCACGUCAAAGCCCAUGUAUAUACCAACUGCUGCGCUCAACAUGAGUGCAGUUGUCACCGACUACAGCUUUUGUGGUUUUUGCAAUCGGAGCUCACCUUGGCGGGAUCCCAAGGAUGUGUUGGAGUCUGAUGAGAGCCUGACAGUGGUUGCACUAGUGAUGCCAGCGGAGCUGGCGCGUAAACUCAUCUAUUCCCAACGUUGCAAUACAGGUUUUGUCGAAGUGCUGGACCAUCCGAUAUUCCUCGCAGAAGCAGACGAUCAAGAGUGUGGGUGGAGCAACAACGAUGGUGACUCGGUGGGGGCGCUCGUGGCGCGUGGUGCCCGGGAUAUCAAUGUCGAAGAUGAGCUGGGAAUGGCCAUCGCAGUCAUGCCUAAUGUCUCCAAGUUUGGUGUGUGGCAGUAUCAAGUGGCGGAAAGUGCUUGUUGGUACAACGUGCCACCGGUUACGCUUGCAACAUUUUUCCUCUUGCCAGCCGCUGCCCGGCUCCGUUUUGCUCCAAAGCCUUUUGCAACAUGGACCGAGGACAUGACCCUGAUUGCUCACGCCUGGGACAUGCAGUGUGGUGGAAACACGACAGCCGCGGUGGAGUCAAGCAGUGUUGUAAUGUGCAUUUCGGCAGACCCGUUGACCGUGCGUGCCGUCCCUCGAGCGCCAGUGACAGGAGCUGAACUUGCAGUGGGCUGCGAUGCGCAGCCAUUCUCAUCUACCACAGCUGAUGGCUGCGGUGUUUGCAAUGGUGGCAACAAGGCCCUUGACUGUGCCGGCACUUGCUUUGGUGCAGCCUUUGUCAAUGACUGUAGUCUUUGCGUUGUUCCCGAGAACAGCACAGCUGGCCAGGACUGCCACGGCACGUGCAACGGUACUGCUGUCCUGGAUGCCUGUGGAGCAUGUGCUGGAGGGACAACGGGGCUGGAGAUGAACGCGGAUCAAGAUUGUGCGGGCACUUGUUUUGGUGCCAUGUACAUUGACGAGUGCGGACUGUGUGUGUCUCCCGGCUCCCCUUCGUACCUUGACUGUGCUGGGGUGUGCUUUGGAGACCAUGUGCUGGAUGAAUGCGGAAACUGUAGCGCACCUGGUAUUCCGGCGCCAGCCCGAGAUGCAUGUGGCGUGUGCCAUGGCCACAACGAAACCUGUCUCGGCUGCGAUGGCUUGCUGACAGGAGCCAUGCCAGACAACUGCAACCAAUGUGGCGGUAGUAACAACACCUGCUCCAAACUGGUGCGUCUAAAUCCUACAUUUGCCUCAAUGAACGGAAGGACAGCCAUCAGCGUGGAGGGGGCAGGCUUUGUGGCAGGGGCCACUCAAUGUAUUAUCGAGACCAUCGUCAACCAGCGCGUAGUCCAGCGUCUGGUUGCAAUGACAGUGACGAAUGCCGGUUUUGGUGUGUGCACGAGUCCAGUUUAUGCGUACGCCCAAACCUUUGCGCUCUACGUUGCGGUGAAUGGCGGGCAGCGCUAUGGCGGGCUUGCGCUUUCGGUCUACAAUGCCUCACGCGUGACCAUGGCUACCAGCACAAGCUUGUAUCGUAUCUAUGAUGCAGCCCCAGUGGUCUUGACGGCGACCAACCUGCCCCUGGCCACGAAUGGCGCGUGCUUUCACAAAGACCAGCGUGUCGGCGAUUUAGAAGUGGUCAACAGCAGUUAUGCUCGGUGUCAUUUGGACGACAGUGUCCCACCCGGCGUCGGGCUUUUGAGCGUGUCGCCAACGGGUCGAUUGGGUGAUGCACUUGCAAUCCACGCCAACUUUCGCGUUGAGAGCGCCGCACCCAUUUGUGUGAGGGCCACAUUGGACGUUCAGCGACGUACUUUGCGACUCGAGUUUGACCGCGCCGUUGUAUUGCUUGGAGACUGCUCAGCAGCUCUGGUGGAGGCACAGGGCUCUCUCACCAUUGUGGCGUGCUUGAACGGAGGUGUUGCUGCUCCUUCAACAUCUUCUCUCCUCUUCAAUGUCAAAAUGAAGGGAAGCAGCGUUGCUGCUCGCCUUUUCUUGCGGCCCGGUGCAGUAGCAGAUCGUGGCUCUCUCGCCUCGCGCACGGCAUUUGGGUUUGUGCCACUGCAGGUGAUUACGUCCAGCAUCACCUACACGCUGAGCGGACCAUCGGAGCUGGGGGCCUGCUCAACGCCGGCCAAUUUCCGCGUGCACACGACCGCCGUUGGUUGUGUGACCAAAUGGGAUGUCAGUUCGCCGCACUUAGAUCGUGCGACGGCCGCACAGCUGCAGCGCUCGCUACGUCUAACCACAGGUGACGAGUUGAACGUACAGGCGCUUGGUCUUUCGGCGGGUAGCUACAUGGUGCUCGCCAGUUGCCGGGCUUACGGGCAGGUGCUGCAGGCUAAUCAGACCCUGGUCGUGGCGACCAGUGCGCUGCCUCAGUUUCACGUUCAAUUGGUGAGUCGCCCGCAAGAGCACCUCAUUUUGGCACGAGUGGUGCGCACUGGUCGUUGUGGGAAUGCAAUCAGAGUGGCUGGUCGCACAUCCUGGCAAGUUGUACAAUGUACGGAUCCCGCCUGUGCUCGCGUGGCGCAUAGCCCACCGGUGAUCACAGCCCUGGCCGCAGAUGAGCUCGCCAUUGACACAGAGGAGUUACUUAUUGGGACGUUUCAAAUUCUGGCCCAACUGGAAGAAACCGCCUAUGGCGAAACCACCACAGCUACUGCCACAUUUGUAAAGAAGGCACCUGCACCCCCUGUCUGCCCAGAAGUUCACCUGCAAGCCCCGCUUGAUGGUACCUUGACAAGUUCCCUAUGCUUGAGUCGCAAUACCACUGCGAAUUGGUUUUGCCAAGACGCUGCUGGGCGGCCAUGCAUAGAUCAGCAGAACAAUCAGAUUCUUACCAAAGGCACAAGUAGUUUUGCCCUGACCAAACUAGGAACCGCCGGAAGCUACACGUUUUUGGUUCGGGCGGGUGCCGCCGAGGCUAGUUGCGCAUGCCAUGUAGAAGUUGGGCCAGCCUAUACAGAGCCACAACUCCAAUGGCAGUUGCCGUCGGUCCUUUGUGUGACUGGCGGUACCAUCUGGGUUCAGGCCCGGGGCUUGAGUGGGGAACUAUGGGCAACGUGCGAAGAUGAAGACGGCUUGGGCUGUAGCGUCGACCCUCAACUCGCUGGUAUCACGGCCCAAGAUCAGACAGCGUGGUUGCUUGCUGUGCAUGGUAUCAAUGCAUCCGCGGCACGCUUGAGCAUCACGCUGAGCUUUCAGAACGCUCUUCACGAGACGCAAAGCUUACAAUUUCAAGUGCCAGUGCGUACGCCAUGGUCUGCUCUGUCCUUGACUCCGAUGGGCACAGCAGCCAGUGGCGUUGUCAAUGAGUAUGACGAAUUUUGCACACGCUUGAGUGGAGUCGGUGAGGCCAAUAGCUUUGUCGUCGCCUGGUAUCUUAAUGGCAAUGUUUUGGUGGCCAUUCGAGACACAGCCGCAGAUCUCUGUUUGUUGGCGCCGCCCGCACUGACUUCCGUGAGCGCGAGGCUCACAGACACGGUGUCUGGUGCCACCGCGGAGGUGAAACUCUCUCUGCAAACUCGACCUUUGAGCGUGGCCAAGCGAGCAGCUUUUGCUCGAGCCUUGCAAGACAAUGCCACUGCAGCGCUAGCUGCCCAGGACUCUGCAAUGGUGCGCCAGGCCAUGACAGCCUUGGUACUUGAGGCAGACGAUGAGACGGAUGCUGCCAAGACAACAGCCUUGGAAGCGGUUCUCUUGCCGUUUUUGGACUUUGUUCGCCGCGGAUGGCGUAGCGAUUGGAUUGAUCUGGCCCGCUUAACCGUGCUACGGGCGCUCGAUCGCGGCGUUGUUUCCAAACGCGACAUCGGCUCGUUAUUAAGUGGCGUGCUGGAGCCAGUGCGCACCACCCGUUCGGUCAUGACCUCAUAUGCACCUUUGAGUACAUUGGCUGCAGCAGCGUUGCUCGAGGCCUUGGUCCCCCUCUAUGAGGACGGUCAAGAUGAUGGUAUCCUUCCCAUGCUUCACUUCUAUGGCCCCACAUCGGAGCUGAGCACCGUUGCCGGCCCUGAGCUGAUCCUUGAGCUUGUUCCAGUCCCGAGCACUUUGCCUUGGACGGUGCCUCUGCCAUCGAACACCACUGAUGCACCCUGGUCCACCGCGAUUAACGUCACCAUCAAUGCUACAUCGCCAAGUGUUGUUUGCGACGGGUCCUCAUGCAAUGUGCAGCGCUUGGCGUUGAGCCGGUCAACGUCCGCGUCGUUUGCGCCUGCCGGAUAUGUUCUGAUGACCCACGCCGUUGGCCUAUCGUGUGAGGCAGAUGUUGCAGCAAUGGUUGACUUUAACGCUUGGGGCAUGCCUGGUGAUCAAGUUUGCGCGUCACAGAGUGGCGCUUUGAGUGCACCAAGCGGUAUCAAUGCGGCGCAAUGCCGCCUUGUAUGUCAGGCGGGCGAUUUUGUGCGCGUUGCGUUGGCCGUGCCCAUGGUCGCGACCACAGCUGCAUCGACUAGCACGGUGGGAGGUUCUACAGGUGAGGCAUCGUCAUCAAGUACAUUGACACCAACAUCAUCAACCGAGUCCACGUCAACACAACUCCCAAGCAGCGUUACGGCGACCAGCACUGCUGCAGGAUCUCCAAGCACAACCUCAGCUCAAGAAGCAGCUUCCUUCAGAAAUCCUGAACUGGCCAGCUCGAGGAGCCUCGGUGCCAAUCACGAGGGCGUGCGCAUUCUCAUUGGCGUGGGCGUUUGCUUGGCCGUUGUUGGUCUCCUUGUUCUACUGAUUCGCAAUCGCGGGAAGCCAUUAGCACCAGAGGGCACAAAUUUCAGCAUCGAACUCGUUGACGGCGGCAAGCCUCGUCAGCUAGGCUCGCUCUUUCUUCCUGAGGGCAGCACCAUGUUUGAUGCGCGUCGCAAUCUCUUGUCAUUCCUUCUCCAAACCACGCAAGAAAUCCCGCUCUUUGUUUUCUUGACAGCCGACGGAAAUAUGCUGCAAACCUCUGACGAAGGCUCCCUCCUAGCACAGGACCUUUAUCCAACCGGUCCUAUGUACAUCCAGCAAGUGGGUGCCUCUAACCAAAAUAGUAGUAGUAUUGCAUCCCCCCCUCCCCUAGCUCAUAAUAUGAGCCUGUAUGAUUCGAGCUCAGAGGAGUCUGGAUCCGACGAUGAGGGCCCUGGUCGCUGGUCGCAAGCGGUGCCCCGCCAACUGGCAACGUCGACAGCAUGAGUCGUCGCGUCUCGUCUUUUUGGAUGUGUGCGUAUUUUUUAUCGUUUGAUUUGUGGCUUUGAGACACCAAACUAAUUGCCUGUUCUUGAAUCUUUAAUUUCUGACCCUUCUCCGUUUGGAUGUAAAGCCAGCUCGUAAUAAUUGACUCAAGCAAUCGA